AUGGGUUUUCUAAGCACCUUUUUAUACUCUCAACUGUUUGUCACGCCGCCAUACCCCGUCAAAUCCUUUGCGGGCCAAACAGUCAUUGUAACGGGCUCAAAUACCGGCCUCGGACUUGAAGCAGCCCGUCAUUUUGUCAGACUAGACGCCGAAAAGGUGAUCAUUGCAGUUCGCAACGUAUCAGCCGGUCAGAGAGCCAAGCAGUCCAUCGAAGAGUCGACGGGGAGGGAGAAUGUGUGUGAGGUGUGGGAGCUGGACCUUGCAUCCUAUGCUUCAGUGCAAGCAUUUGCCAAACGUGCAUCUACAGAGCUGUCGCGAAUCGACGUCUUACUGGAGAAUGCGGGACUCGCAACGGAGCAAUUCAAGUUUGCAGAAAACCAGGAACGCACGAUAACAGUAAACGUAAUCAGUACUUUUCUGCUUGGCCUUUUGCUGCUUCCGAAAAUGGAAGAAACAGCGGAUAAGGAUAAGAAUCCCACUAAAAAACCUCGUUGGACCAUCGUAUGCAGUGGGGCGCAUGCUCUGACCAAUUUCCCGGAAUACAAGGAGGGAAACACAUUUGCCAACCUCAGCAACAAAGAAAAGUCUGAUAUGACAGUCCGAUACCCAACUUCGAAAUUGUUGGAGGUCUUAAUUGUUAGAGAGCUUGCACCGAAGAUUACAAACUCCAAAAUCAUCCUGAACAUGACCGAUCCGGGCUUGUGUCACUCGGAACUAGCCCGUGAGGCUGGUUUUAGUCUUUGGCUCAUGAAACUGCUCUUAGGUCGCAAAACCGAAGUCGGUAGUCGAUGUUUGGUGGCUAGUGCGGUUGUUGGAGAUGAGAGCCACGGUGCCUAUAUCAGUAAUGGCGAAGUGAGUAAUCAACACCUGUCAGCGUUUGUUAUCAGUGAUGGGGGACGAAAGGCACAGGAAAAUGUGUGGUCGGAACUGAAGGAAGUUUUGGAAAAUAUUGUUCCAGGAGUCACGGCAUGGACUUAG